AUGCUUUCCAAACCACAAUUACUCUCUAUAAUAUGUCUUUUUUCGGUCCCAAUCGUUCAAGGCCAACGAGAACAAGCAUGUGAUCUGAAUUGUCGUUUCGAAAAAGCCUACAUUUCUUCUGAAAAACUCAAAAAGUGGCCAAAAACUUGUAAAAUAGUGUGUGGAAAUUUGAUUUUCAAUGAAAAGACCGACUUGACCGAUUAUGAAUUGACUGUGAAUUUCUGGAAGCUAGAAGUGCUGAAAGGGUUUCUGAGAUUUCAGAAUUCUUCUUUGACGUCAUUGAGUUUUCUAGAAAAUUUAAGAGCGAGACAAUGCGAAGGAGGCGAAUUUGGCGAAUUUGUGGUCUCAAACAAUCCAUAUUUAACGAAUCUAGGAAAACUACAGAACUUUGCUAAUGGCGAUACGUGCACAUGGCGAAUUGUGAAAAAUCCACAGCUAGAUAUAUCAUCAUAUGAAUUCCUUGCUUAUCGUCGUUUGGAAAACUACGGAAACCUCAAAGACUAUGAAUGUGUAAAUGUGCGUAUCACUUCUGAAUCUCUACCGUAUUACUCGAACUGUACGAGUAUAAACAAUGGAGCUGAAGAAAAAGCGCUGAAAAUUUCGAACAUGUCGAGUUCAAUGGAUCUAACCGGUUUUUUGAAGUUAAAAAGUGUUGCAGGAGGUAUUGAAAUUUCCAAUACCGAUCUUGUGGAUUUAUCGUUUUUGAAAAAUUUGAAAAUUAUUGACAUGCCGGGAGGGCCGACGGAUAGAGCUACAAUUGAAAUUCAAAACAACCCAAAUUUGAAGCGACUUGGAUGGGAUUCCAUUACGGCCUUGCCAACAAAUGGAAAACUUCUUCUAAACAUAACCAAAAACCACCCAGAGUUUUGUCUAACUAUAGAGGAAGUGCAGAAAUUCGCAAAAGUGGCUCCAAGAGAUGGGCAGAAAGUUUGCAAGUUUAAUGGCUUUGGGAGUUUUGAGACAGAUUGCCGCCAUGUUGUUGGGGAUGUUGUAAUUGAUGAGGAUAAUGAGAAGGAUGUAUGGAUGUUGGAAAAUGUUACAUAUAUUUAUGGAUCGUUGAUUGUCAGAGAUACAAGGGAGUUGGCGAAUUUGGAUUUUCUGUCUAGUUUGCGAUUGGUGAUGAGAUUAACAAAAGAUGAGGACCAAAUUAUUCGAGUUCUGUCAAACAAAAAGUUGGAACAAGUGAUUUUUCCUAAAAUGAAGACACCACCAUUCCCUAUAGGUGAAGGUGAUUUCAUAGACAUCGAUGGAAACUCGUUGGAAAUUUUCAAAGUUCAAAGGGAAUGUAUUCUAAUUAGAGCAAUGACUAGGGCGGACGUGAAGUACAAUGGGAAGGGUUGCUCAAAACUGCCGCGGCUUGAAAAAACAACGAAGCAUUCGACAUUUAAAUUUUCAAACGUUUGGAUAUUUAUCAUUUUGUUGUUCCAUGUGUCAUAA